GAGGAGAAACUUGUCAAGAAUCCCCGCAGGACAGGUAAAGGAGGGGACACUCAGCAUGGAAAAACUCUGCAGUGAAAAUGAAGGAAAGCCUGAGAACCAAGGCAAGAUGGAAAACAAAGAACAGCCACUGGAUGCGGGAAAGCCAGGGGUAGCUUGUACUAUGGAAGACAAGAAAAAGUUAGAAAACAAGGGACGGACAGAUCACAAGGAAAAGACAGAAGAUGAGAAAAUACUAAAGGAUAAGGAAAAGCCAGAGAGUGAGAUAAAGCCAAAAGAAGGAAAGCUGGAGAGCCAGGGAAAGCCAGUGAGUGAGGGAAAACCGAAAGAAGGAAAACCAGAGAGCGAGGGGAUGCUAGUAAUGGAGGGAAAGCCAGUUAGCGAGGGAAAGCCAAAAGAAGAAGCUCCAGCCAGCGAACCAAGGGCUGCAGGAAAGCGCCCAGCUGGGGAUGAUGUCCCCAGGAAGGCCAAAAGAAAAACCAACAAGGGGCUGGCUCAGUGUCUCAAGGAAUACAAGGAGACCAUACACGAUAUGCAUCUGAGCAAUGAAGAGAUGAUAAGAGAAUUUGAUGAGAUGGCCAGGGUGGAGGAUGAGGUGAAGAAAACCAGACAAAAAUUGGGGGGCUUUAUGUGGAUGCAAAAAAGUUUACAGGACCUCUUCCACCCGAGGGGCCCGCGGGAACUCAGGGGUGGCUGCAGGGCCCCACAAAGGGGCUUUGAAGACAUUCCUUUUGUGUAGUGCCCCUGG